CAUCAUCUCGCCUUUUUUCUCUCUCCAAACCUCUCUGUUCCUGUUCCCGCAAUCUCUCUGUGAACCGCUUCUUCAACCUUCCUUUCAUUCUUCUUCUUCCUUGCACUCACUCAGCCUGCCGAGCCUCAGCUUCUCUGGUGGAAAACCCUAGCUUCCCGAUUUGGGUAGCCAUGAUGUUUUCGGCUACGACGUCGUCUCAGAUUCGCUUCCUCCUCCACAGCUUGACUGAAUCUAAUGCUGAAUCCAUUCUCAACGAGCUCUGCGAGUUCAUUGACUGUGGAGUUGAAGGAAGCUUCAUACUGCUCAGAACUUGUUUGGAUCAUUUCACUAGUCAUGGGACAGAUUUGGACAACCCGCUGUUGCGACUAGUUGUUUCUUCUGUUUUCAAGCAUCUCUUGGACAGACCCAAUUUUAGUACAAUAUUUUGCGAGUCCCUUAAAACUAGAGAUAUCAACCAAGUUAUUCUCGAGAACAUCUCGAAUCUGUUAAACUUGUCAAUGUGUGAAAGAAUUGGAGUUGGUCUCGCUGUUUCAGAUUCUGAAAAUCUCGAUACAAGGACUUGUGGAAAUAACUUCUGCAUUACUCAGAUUGAGGAACUUUGUGCUAAUGCUGUAUCUAUGGAUUCCACUCAGCAAAUUCAGGAUAUUAUCAUGUUCCUCCAACGGUCUGAAGGGCUCUCAAAGCAUUUAGAUUCCUUCAUGCAAAUGCUAUCUUUGGUGCAGUUAAAAGAUGUUACAGAGUUUGUUUUGUCACCGCUGCUUUCAGAUGAAUUGCGAGAGGAGAAAAUUUUAAGGAAUGUAAAUCUGUCACAUGAGUCCCGCGAUAAUGAUUUUGAUUCCAUCUUAGCCGAAAUGGAGAAGGAAAUGAGCAUGGGAGAUAUUAUGAAGGAACUGGGUUAUGGAUGCACAGUCAAUGCUACACAAUGCAAAGAGAUCGUGUCCCUCUUCUUGCCGCUGACAGAGAUUACUAUCUCUAAGAUACUUGGCAUGAUAGCUCGCAAUCACACUGGUCUUGAGGACAGUCGAAAUUUAUAUACAACUUUUAGUCUAGCAUUGGGUUGCAGCGCCUUGUCUGAUCUUCCAUCCUUGAACUCAUGGGAUGUGGAUGUUCUCAUAGACACAGUGAAGCAACUUGCACCUAGCAUUGACUGGAUAAGAGUAAUGGAAAAUCUGGAUCACGAGGGUUUUUACAUUCCUAAUGAGGAAGCAUUCACAUUUUUCAUGUCUGUAUAUAGACGUGCAUGCCAGGACACGUUUCCUCUUCAUACUAUUUGUGGUUCGGUUUGGAAGAAUAUGGAGGGUCAGAUUUCCUUCCUUAAACAUGCUGUGUCGGCACCACCUGAAAUAUUUACAUUUGCUCACUCUGGGAGACAGCUGGCUUAUAUUGAUGGACUGCAUGGCCAUAAGCUUCAGCUUGGACAUACAAAUCAAGCAUGGAUGUGUCUUGAUCUUUUGGAUAUACUGUGUGAACUUGCUGAGAGAGGUCAUGCUAGAUCUGUGCAAUCAAUGCUGGAGUUUCCUCUUAAAAACUGGCCUGAGCUAUUGCUACUUGGGAUGGCACAUACUAACACCGCAUACAAUCUUCUCCAGUUCGAAGUUUCUUUUUCAGUCUUCCCAUUGAUGUUAAGAAAUCCUCUUGGUAGUGAUUUAAUCUUUCAGCUAUGGCAUGUUAACCUUAAUCUGGUGUUACGGGGAUUUGUGGAUGCUCAAAACAGUGAUCCAGAUUGCAUGGUUAGGAUAGUUGAAAUCUGCCAAGAAUUGAAGAUACUUUUGUCAGUACUAGAUACGAUUCCUCCUUCCUGCAGUAUAAGAUUAGCUGCUAUUGCUUCACGACAGGAAUGUUUAGACCUUGAGAAGUGGUUGAGUAACAGUUUGAAAACAUACAAAGAUGUAUUUUUUGAGGAAUGCCUCAAGUUCUUAAAAGGGAUUCAUUAUGGGGGAUCUCAAGAUUUUACAACCAAACCUUUUUAUCCUUCCAAUGCGAUUUCAAAUAUUUAUCUCGACACUGCUUCUACUUUCUUGAAGGUUCUAAGAUCUAAUGUAGGUACUACUGCUUCUGCUAAACUAUUUGAGGAAAUGGAGAAGUUGCAUGAUGCCGUUCUGGAGUCGAACCCAAAGCUGCAAAACGGUGAUGCUCCAGAUGCGCCUGGAGCAGAAGGAGGAUAUACAGAUGACAUUGAGGCCGAAGCUAAUUCCUACUUCCAACAAAUGUUUUCCGGUCAGUUGACCAUUGAAGCGAUGGUUCAAAUGCUUUCUCGGUACAAGGAAUCUUCAGUUAAAAGGGAACAAUCAAUUUUCGAAUGCAUGAUUGCAAAUCUGUUUGAGGAGUAUAGAUUCUUCCCGAAAUAUCCUGAAAGACAGCUGAAAAUUGCGGCAGUUCUCUUUGGCUCUGUUAUUAAGCAUCAGCUUGUAACUCACCUUACUCUUGGGAUUGCAUUGCGUGGUGUCCUUGAUGCACUUCGUAAACCUGCAGAUUCAAAAAUGUUUGUGUUUGGUACCAAGGCUGUAGAGCAGUUUGUGGAUCGUUUGAUUGAGUGGCCGCAGUACUGCAAUCAUAUUCUGCAAAUAUCACAUUUACGAAGCACACAUGUGGAACUUGUUGCUUUCAUUGAACAGGCUCUUCUGAGGCUAUCUGCAGGCCAUUCUGAUUCUGAUGCUACUGCAGGAAAUGUGGAGCUACAACAAAAACAUGAAACUGCCAUGGAUGAUCGACUUAAAGUCAUUGGAUCAUCAGUCAAUGAUGUAAAACAAUUUUUAUCUUCUGUGGGGCAAACUUCAAUUCAACCCGUAGGUGAUGCUCCUACAAAUCAAAAGAAUACAAUCAGUACUCCAGCUGUGUUGACUUCUGCCUCUGGUUUUGUCCGUCCUUCACGGGGGGCUGCUUCUACCAGGUUUGGUUCAGCUUUGAAUAUUGAAACACUUGUUGCUGCGGCUGAGAAAAGAGAAACUCCUCUAGAGGCUCCUGCAUCGGAUGUACAGGAUAAGAUUUCAUUUAUGAUUAAUAAUAUUUCACUUGCUAAUCUUGAAGCCAAAGCAAAAGAAUUUUCUGAGAUUUUGAAGGAGCAGUUUUUUCCCUGGUUUGCUCAGUAUAUGGUCAUGAAGAGGGCUAGCAUUGAGCCAAAUUUCCAUGACUUGUAUUUGAAGUUUCUGGACCGAGUUAAUUCAAAAGCUUUGAGUAAAGAGAUUGUUCAGGCUACUUACGAGAACUGCAAGGUUCUGUUAGGAUCAGAGCUUAUAAAAUCAAGCUCAGAAGAACGUUCACUGCUGAAGAAUUUGGGAAGCUGGCUUGGGAAACUAACAAUUGGCAGGAAUCAAGUAUUGCGAGCUCGUGAAAUAGAUCCAAAAUCUUUGAUAAUUGAGGCAUAUGAAAAAGGGUUAAUGAUUGCUGUAAUACCAUUUACUUCUAAGAUUCUUGAACCAUGUCAAAGUAGUUUAGCAUACCAACCCCCAAACCCUUGGACCAUGGGCAUUCUUGGACUACUGGCAGAGAUUUAUUCAAUGCCUAACUUGAAAAUGAACCUGAAGUUUGACAUUGAGGUUCUGUUUAAGAAUCUUAGUGUGGAUAUGAAAGAAAUAACGCCAACUUCUCUUCUUAAAGACCGGAAGAGAGAAGUUGAAGGUAAUCCUGAUUUUUCUAAUAAGGACGUUGGAGCAUCUCAGACGCAGAUGGUAGCCGAAGCAAAGCCCAGCAUAAUGUCUUCUUUAAAUCAAGUGGAGCUUCCACUGGAGGUUGCAACCCCAUCGAAUUCUGGAAAUCACACUCACCUGUUAUCGCAGUACGUUCCCCCACUUCAUCUUUCUUCUGGCACAUUAAUGGAAGACGAAAAGCUUGCUGCGCUGGGCUUGUCUGAUCAGCUUCCUACUGCCCCUGGACUCUUACAAGCUACAACGUCGCCAUCACCAUUCUCAACCAAUCAGCUUCCUGCGGGUAUUCCUAAUAUAGGAAGUCUUGUUGUGAUCAACCAGAAGCUUAAUAGUUUGGGAUUGCACAUUCAUUUUCAGAGAGCAGUUCCAAUUGCAAUGGAUAGAGCUGUCAAAGAGAUCGUUUCUGGUAUUGUGCAGCGUAGUGUCUCUAUAGCCACCCAAACAACAAAGGAACUGGUUUUGAAGGAUUAUGCCAUGGAAUCAGAUGAGACCCGAAUAUUUAAUGCAGCGCAUUUGAUGGUUGCUAGUCUGGCCGGAUGUCUAGCACACGUGACUUGCAAGGAACCUUUACGAGGUUCAAUAUCAAGUCAACUCAGAAGUUCUCUCCAGAAUUUGGGCGUUGCCAGUGAUCUGCUUGAGCAAGCUGUUCAGCUUGUUACAAAUGAUAACCUUGAUCUUGGUUGUGCCAUAAUUGAACAGGCUGCUACAGAUAAGGCUAUACAAACCAUUGACGGUGAAAUAGCCCAACAGCUGUCUUUAAGAAGGAAGCAUAGAGAGGGUGUUAAUACAACCUUUUUUGACACUGGUAUGUACGCACAAGGACCUCUUGGUGUUGUGCCUGAGGCUCUCCGUCCCAAGCCAGGACAUCUGUCCAUUUCACAACAGCGAGUUUAUGAGGAUUUUGUUAGGCUUCCCUUGCAAAAUCAAAAUAGCCAAGCUGCACAGUCUACUGGUUCUUCAAUUACAGCUAGUGGUACUGGUUUGAGUAGUCAAUUUGGUUUGUCAUCGGGACAACUGAACUCAGGAUACACAUCUGGACUUGUUGCUGGACUUGAAGGAGGAUCUCGGUCUCUGGAUGAUGCUGUAGACCCUACCUGUGUGCCCCAACUAAGUGCAACUCCAGGACAUAUUGCUGCUGAUGGUGUUGGCGUGCGAGGUCCAGAAAAUGAUUUGGUCGUUGCUUCUUUCCCUUUGGCUGCAUCAACCCCUGAGCUGCCUGCAGCUGAUACCUCUGACAAUAUAAAGGAACCUGGAUCUUCUUCCCAACCAUUGUCCUCACCUAUCACAACUGAUCGUCUUGCAACUACUAUGUCAGAACCCUCACUUACCACCAGAGAUGCAUUGGAUAAAUUCCAAGUUAUUUCACAGAAGUUGGAGGCUUUGGUUAGUAAUGAGGCUCGGGAAACUGACUUCCAGGGUGUCAUUGCCGAGGUUCCUGAGAUCAUACUAAGAUGUGUAAGUCGGGAUGAAGCUGCUCUUGCUGUGGCGCAAAAGGUGUUUAAAGUUUUAUACGACAAUGCAUCAAACACUUUUCAUGUUGGUGCCCAUCUUGCCAUUCUGAUUGCCAUUCGCGAUGUUUGCAAGCUAGUUGUAAAGGAACUUACUAGCUGGGUGAUUUACUCUGAGGAAGAGCGGAAGUACAACAAGGACAUUACUCUUGGCCUUAUUCGCAGUGAACUACUAAAUCUUGCAGAAUAUAAUGUUCAUAUGGCGAAACUAAUUGAUGGAGGCAGGAAUAAGGCCGCAACAGAGUUUGUCAUAUCCCUCCUCCAAACAUUGGUUGUGGAAGAAUCAAGUGUUAUUUCCGAACUUCACAAUCUUGUUGAUGCAUUAGCUAAGGUAGCUGCAAAACCUGGAUCUUCAGAGCCUUUGCAACAACUGGUUGAGAUAAUCAAGAAUCCAUCUGCUAGUACAGCUGCUAUAUCUGGGGUUAACGUUGGGAAAGAGGAUAAGGCUAGACUUGCCAGAGACAAAAAGGCUCCUGGACAUUCCACAGCAAACAGAGAAGAUUCUAGUUUUCUCGAGUCUGAAGAUCCAGUUGGUUUUCGUGAUCAGGUAUCGAUACUAUUUGCUGAAUGGUACCGAAUAUGUGAGCUACCCGGUGCUAAUGAAGCCGCAUUUAACCAUUUCAUAUUACAAUUACAUCAGAAUGGGCUUCUGAAAGGGGAUGAUAUGACGGAUCGGUUUUUCCGUCUGCUCACAGAAAUUUCUGUGGCACAUUGUUUAUCAUCUGAAGUAAUUAAUUCGGGUGCAUUACAAUCACCACAACAAAUACAGAAUCUAUCGUUCCUUGCGAUCGACAUUUAUGCCAAGCUUGUAUUUUCGAUCUUGAAGGGAUCUGGUAAAACUUCUCUUUUAUCCAGGAUUCUGGCGGUGACUGUAAGAUUCAUUCAGAAGGAUGCCGAAGAGAAGAAAGCAUCGUUUAAUCCGAGACCAUAUUUUAGAUUGUUUAUUAACUGGCUUCCUGACCUUGGCUGUCUAGAACCUAUUGUUGAUGGUGCCAACUUUCAGAUAUUGACAGCUUUUGCUAAUGCAUUUCAUGCGUUGCACCCUCUUAAGAUUCCAGCGUUCAGCUAUGCUUGGCUUGAGCUGGUUAGUCAUAGAAGUUUUAUGCCAAAGAUGCUUACUGGGAAUAAUCAGAAGGGUUGGCCUUACAUCCAGCGUUUGCUGGUAGACGUGUUCCAAUUCAUGGAGCCAUUUUUGCGGAACGCUGAACUUGGACCACCGGUUUAUUUUCUUUAUAAAGGCACCCUUAGGGUGUUGCUUGUCUUACUUCAUGAUUUCCCUGAGUUCCUAUGUGACUAUCAUUUUACUUUCUGCGAUGUGAUUCCUCCUAGCUGCAUUCAGAUGCGGAAUAUUAUCCUUAGUGCGUUUCCUCGUAACAUGAGACUACCAGAUCCGUCCACCCCCAAUUUGAAGAUUGACUUGCUUGCGGAAAUCAAUCAAUCCCCACGUAUUCUAUCUGAGGUGGAUGGAGCUCUUAAAUCAAAGCAGAUGAAGGCCGACGUGGAUGAGUAUCUCAAGACAAGGCAACAGGGAUCAUCGUUUCUGGCUGAUCUGAAGCAGAAGUUGCUACUUCCACCCAUUGAAGCUGCUUCUGCUGGGACGCGUUACAAUGUGCCUUUGAUCAACUCCCUCGUACUUUACGUUGGGAUGCAGGCCAUCCAACAACUUCAGGCAAGAAGUCCUCAUGCUCAGUCAACGGCUAAUACUGUUACAUUAGCAGUAUUUCUGGUGGGUGCUGCUCUAGAUAUUUUCCAGACUCUGAUCGUGGAGUUGGAUACUGAAGGGCGCUACCUCUUCCUCAAUGCCGUCGCAAACCAACUUCGUUAUCCGAAUACCCACACCCAUUACUUUUCUUUUGUGCUCCUAUACCUGUUCGCUGAAUCGACUCAGGAAAUUAUCCAGGAGCAGAUAACAAGAGUGUUGUUGGAACGCCUCAUUGUCAAUAGACCUCAUCCAUGGGGACUGCUGAUUACAUUCAUUGAACUUAUUAAGAAUCCAAGAUACAACUUUUGGAACCGGUCCUUUAUAAGAUGUGCACCAGAUAUCGAAAGACUAUUUGAGUCGGUCUCUAGAUCCUGCGGUGGCCCUAAAUCUGCAGACGAGAACAUGGUUCAAAAUUGGGUACCUGAUACCGCCCACUAGAUCAGUAGUCUCUUCUGUAUUUGGCUGUAAUGUACAGAGUAUUUAUUCCCAUCCCAACGAUACGAUUGUUUAGUCAAUGCCAGUGUUUGUUUAAUAUGUAAAUAAUAUAUUUUUUUUCUCAAUUUAAAAUUGAAUAUGAUUUCAA